UUAUAAGGUCUAUAUUUUCGUUUGAGAACAAUAGUGAGCAGAUUAAAGAACGAAAAUGAAGGGACUCUCGAUUACCUACUUUCAUUUUUAAGCACACUAAACAGUUAAACUGCACCACCAAGAACUGCAGCCUCCGUGGUCUACAUGUGACCGGGCGGAAAGGGAGGAGCGGUUUGUCUCGUGUACGGUACCGUGGAGCAAGGCGUUCCAGGCAACAACGUAGCUGGGCGGCAGCAGUAACAGCCACACGAAGUGGGGGGAAAAAGUCGCUGAGACGCAGCCGUAGUCUUAAUACAGAGUCAUGCUCCUCUUCCGAAGCUUUUAAGACUCAAUGGUCAGAGCAACAUCCCUGAAAAACUUUGGCCUUUAAUAUGUUGACGUAGUUUUCUGAGAGCUCGUGGAUCCAAGGACAUUGUUAGUAAAUCAGGAAAAGAGAUGAGCACCAAGAGGAAGGCAGAGAAUCACUUGAGGGCAGCAAGCCGACCACGCAUGAUGAAGUAUGGAGAUUCCCGGGUGGACUCGGAGAGAGACUCCGGUUUCUCAGAUGCUAGCUCAGAGCAAAUGAGCAUAAUGGACACCACAGACUCUGAGGAUUCGCCUCACUCUGUCCCACAGCAGGGGCCACAGACUACUGGUUCAGGGUCCCAACCCUCACAGUUAGCCGUGGUAGGAGGCUCCUACUCUGGUCUCUCUCCCAUGAUUAUAAUGAACAACGUUCUGCUGAAGCAGCCUGUUGAGAAUCCUCCUCUAAAACCCUGGGGGUUUAGUCCCACAGUGGAGGUGGUGCAGCCUGUUGUCCAGCAGCCUCAAGUGGUCUUCAUUCAACCUGUGGUCUCUCAUCAAGCUUCCCCUGCCUCCAAAGAGAUCACCUCUAAACACAGACGCUCCAAGAAGUAUCUUCCUAUCCUAAAAUCCUAUCCCAAGAUUGCCCCUCAUCCUGGGGACAACACAAGUUCCUCUGGAAGAGGAACUGCUUCCUCCUCCUCCUCUUCAGGCUCAGAAAGUGGUAGCACAUUAACCUCCAGCCAAUGGGAUAACGGUCAGAGAGAGAAGACUCGGAGAACUCUGUGUGGUAGCACAAGUAACUCUGGUUCAAGCACACCUAGUCUUCCAGCUACCCCCAGCACCAUGUCUCCUCUGCUCCAGAGCAGACUUUCUCUCCCAACAACAGAAACCAGCAACAGCAGUAGUCCUAGUCCUGCCAGGGAGAGGUCUUCAUCAGCUACCAGCCAGAAUGAGCUUGGGACCUCGCUAUCUUUCUCUCACAACUCUGGCUCUAAAAACCAAAAACAUCCCAUUGCCCAGGAAGUUGCACAGGAUAACUCAUCAGAAGACUGCAGCUUGAGUGGAAGUGUUUCUGACAUAAAGAGAAAGCGCUUUUGCAACACAUAUAACAUCCUGAGCAAAUCUGGCCUCCUGGACAUCACGCUUCGCACCAAGGAGCUUCUCAGGCAGAACCGACGCACCCAGAACGACCUAGAGCGGCUCAAAGAGCACACAGACCUCUUCCUGCAGGCUCUGCGGAGUGGUGAUGCCAGCAUCUGUGUGAGGCUGCAGGCCAGUCUUCAGGAGGAGGACCGGGAACACGGUUCAGACCAGCUUAAAAGUAGAUUAGACCUGGUCUAGUACCAGGCAGUAAUCCUUUAGAUUGUGAUGGAGAGGAAGACCAGGGUGGGGGUAGGUGCAUCCAGAGACAGAUGGACCGAAAGUAAUGUGCUCUCCAAUACACACCAACACCCCCACCCUCAUCCAGACUCAGACAGUGACUGUGCUAUGACCUACAUUUUGGCUCUGGCUGCCUUUGGGCCCUGCUGCACAAAGCCAACCUAAAAAAAGAGAAGAAAAAUUAGCUCAGAUCUUUUUCUCCUGAUAAAUGUUGCACUAUGGUGUUACAGUUAAAUCUAACAUUCUGCUGGUGGAAGCCAACUGACUCCCAGUAUGUACAUAUCUCAGACUACAGAUAAGACAAUCGACUCCAGGUUGUACUUCCAGUACAACCUGGAGUCCUGUCAUUUGCAGAAAUACUCUGAUGACUGCAGUUGUGGGGUGUGUCAGAGAUGGCUGAGUACUGGUGGAUCGCUUUGUAACAUGGUGUGGAAACAACCAUCUCACAAGCUACAGAAGGUGAUUGUGGUAUUUAGAAAGGUUCUGGUUUCCCUUUGGGAAUUCAGUCCUACUUCUAAAUGUUUUGCUUAUUCGUGAGAGCAAAUAUUUCUUUGAAAGUCUUUGUUUAGCUUGACCCCAAUGUGGUCAGCCUGUGGUACAAAGUAAUGGACAACCACAGACUUAAAGUGCAGCCUGAUGGAAUUACCAAGAGCUUGGUUUGUUGGGGGCCAAUAAGACCAAAGUCACAGCUCACAUGAUGAAUUCUUCUCCACUGAUCCUGUCAACAUCUCUUCCACUGAAACUGCCUCUGUAUGGCACAUGAAUCUUUAAUGCUUUGGCAGUCAAGACCAAAACAAGCUCUGAGAGAGUUGCAUAUAAGACAUAAAGGGAUGAAGAAAUGCACAGCUUUUUUUCCUACUAAAGAUAUCUUGCAUAAAAUGAAUCAGGCUGAUAUUUUUGUUUUAAAAGUUCAUUAAUUAGCUCUCUAACACAUAUGUUGCUUAAAAAAUGCUGGGUUUUCAGUGAAAACAUCCAAAUGACUUCAUACACUUCUGUACAAAUCUCUGAAUAUGACUUCUGUCGUAGGAGGUGACAAGUCAGGAGGUGCUAUCGUGCCAUAUUGAAUGUGUUUGAAGCCUCUCACUGGUCAUUGCUAUUACUUAGACAAACAUGUGCCGUAAGUGUCUUUUCCCUCUUCGUUUAAAGCUUGAUUUGGCAGGCUCUGUCAGUGGGUUCAAGUUGAGCGUUCCCAUCAUGUUGAUGGCAGAUGUUCCUGUGCAAAUUUGUUGGAAAAAAGCCCUUAAACAUUUAGAUGCUUCCCUGAUCACAGCCCACUGUACAGGCAUUUCCUGUAGCUAAAAUGAGUCACCAGUGGCUUAAGAAUGAGUUCUUUUUUUAUUAUUUUUAAUGUGGGUGUUAUUUGAGAUGGUGUAACUUCAAAUGGAGACUUUUUCUUUUAUGUGUUCAUUUUGUUUACAUCUUAAAAAUGUUUUUGUCCACUAAGUUGACAACAAAGCUGCAUUUUUUCAUGAAAACUAAUAUUUGUGCUUCAAAGUUAGGCCUCUUUAGUCCUGAUGGGUUUUCAUUUUUGUCCUUUUUUUAAAUCUUUAAACUAAGAUUUUUUUUUUAUGUUUUUAUUGUCUAAAUUUAUAUGAUGAUGGCCAUAAAACCCAAACUCAAUGGAUGUCAUGGUACAGUUGCACUAAGAAUCUAAAAGAAGCUCUGAAGGAGAAAUUUGUGGACAGAAUUUACUGGCAGCUAUAGUGACUUUGGUAUUGUAGCUCAAAUAAAAUGGACAUAUUUAAUUUUUUUAAAAUACUGUUAACCUGUUUUUGUACUCUUGUAGUUUCUCAGUAACAGCGACAUGUUUUAAAUACUCUACAAAAAUUAUGUAAUGAUAUGGUUUCUGUAUGUCUUCUGCUCAUGGGGAACAUCACAAGAAAGGGAUACUUCAUACUUCAUGCUCUUACUUGCCAUCUGAACUUGUGUACAUAAGGUGAUUCUGUUUUGUUUAAAAAGCAUGGUUAAAAAAAAUACAAAACA